AUGCGAAAACAUUUUAUCCCACCUCAUUAUUAUAGGGAUAUUAAACGAAUACUUCAACGCCUUGUUCAAGGUAAUCGAUCUGUUGAUGAGUACUUUAAAGAGAUGGAGAUGCUUAUGCAUAGAGCAAAUAUCCAAGAAGAUGAAGAGACUACCAUGAUGCGGUUUGUAGAUGGUUUGAAUGUUUCGAUAGCCAAUGUUCUUGAUCUUCAAACCUACAUUGAUCUUGAAGAUACGGUACGUAAGGUAAUUGAGAUUGAGCGACAGUUUCAACAACGUCAAUCUCGUUCAUUUAGUACUUCACAAUAUUAUAGAGGUACGAGUUCUAAUUCUACUUUCAAGAAUUCGAAAUUUCCUUUUGCUACUAAUAAGUUGCUGCCAAAACAUGAUGAGACUAAAUCUUUUGAGGGGAAAAGUGGGGCUCCUACAAAACCUUCUUCUUCAUCUUUUAAGCAGUUCACUUCUACUACUUCACCAAAAAAACAACAAGCUCGUGAAAUUGAAUGUUUUAAGUGCAAAGGGCAUGGGCACUAUAGCCGUGAUUGUGCCAACACAAGAAUUUUGUUGAUCAAAGAAGAUGGUGAUUAUACUUCUGAUUCCGAUAAAACAGACCCAGAUAUGCCCGAAUUAAUUGAUGAUAUCAACGAUUGCGGUAAAUUUUAUGGUGAAGAAGAUGGAAGUUGUGCUAAAGUUGUGAGCAGCUACCUUGUGGAUUCUCUUGCUUUGCCAUGUAGCAAACACCCUACACCUUACCAUCUUCAAUGGCUUAACGAAGGUUCGGAGGUCCGUGUGGUAAAACAGUGCUUGAUCACUUUUAAACUUGGGACUUACAUUGAUGAUGUUUGUGGGAAAAAGUACACUUUCACCCCUUUGAAUCCGAAAGAUAUUCACAAUGAUCAAAUCGACAUGAUGAAGUUUUGUAAGGAGGAAUAUGAAGAUAUUUUUGAAGAAGCACCUAAAGGAUUGCCACCUUUGAGGGGUAUUGAGCAUCAAAUUGACUUAAUACCUGGGUCAACAAUUCCAAAUCGACCAGCUUAUAGAAGCAAUCCCGAUAAGACGAAGGAGUUACAAAAGCAAGUAGAUGAACUUUUGGUAAAGGGUCACAUUCGUGAAAGUUUAAGUCAUUGUGCAGUGCUGGUAAUUCUGGUGCUAAAGAAAGAUGGUUUUAUAGUAAGUGCUCAAGGUAUUCAUGUCGAUGAGGAUAAAGUAAAGGCAAUUAGAGAAUGGCCCACUCCUAAAUCAAUUACCGAGGUGAGAUCUUUCCAUGGUUUAGCAAGUAUUUAUAGACGUUUUGUGAAGGAUUUCUCCACUAUUGCUGCUCCAUUAACUGAGAUUAUUAAAAAAUCAGUGGGUUUUAAAUGGGAAGAAGUUCAGGAAAAGGCUUUUUAA